AUGCGCGUUUCACUCCUUUUCACACUCGUUACUGUUUUGGCCGACUCAGCCUCUUCCAUCGCUGUCCCAUGGAAGACUGCAAGGCAACAACCUCGUCAUGAGCCCUUCAUUGGUCGACGUGCCGCCAACACCACUCUUGACAACUACGACUAUGUCGUUGUUGGCUCAGGUCCUGGAGGAGGCCCUGUUGCGGCCAACCUUGCCAUCGCCGGAUACAAGGUGUUGCUGAUUGAUGCUGGAGGAGAUUCAGGCGACUCGUGGACGGAGAAGGUCCCGGCUCUUCACCUUAUGUCCACUGAGUUUGAGGACACAAGAUGGAAUUACUUUGUCAACCACUACCCCGACCUCGAGCAACAGAAGAGAGAUUCCAAGAUGACAUACGAGAUGCCCGACGGCAGUUUCUACGUCGGGCUUGAUCCUCCAGCUGAAGCAACCCCUCUCGGCUGUUCUCGCCACAACGCUCUCAUCACCAUCAACGCUCAUGACAGCGAUUGGACCAACAUUGCCACCCUCACCGGCGAUGACACCUGGAAGCCAGACAACAUGCGCUCGUACUUCCAAAAGAUCGAGAAGAACAUGUACCUUCCAUCAAGCAUCAUCGGACAUGGCUACAGUGGAUGGCUUGGUACCUCGCUCACUUCUCUGUCACUGGUGGUUGAAGACCAGAAGCUGCUCUCGUUGAUUAUUUCUGCUGCUACUGCCAUGGGGAAGAGCCUUCUUGGAUUAGUGCUCAGCACCGUCACUGGUCUUGGCCAGGUCCUCCUCCGCGAUCUCAAUGCGCCUGGUCAGACUAGCAAGACUGGAUUAUACCAGGUUCCGCUUUCGAUGACUGAUUCCAUCCGCGGUGGCCCCAGAGAUCUCAUUUUGGAUACUGCCAACGCUGUCAAUGCUGAUGGAUCGCGCAAGUAUCAUCUUGAUAUCAAGCUCGAUACCCUUGUCACCAAGAUUCGAUUUGAUGAGAGUGGUGACAAGCCUCGCGCGGUUGGUGUGGACUUCUUGGAGGGCUCCAGCCUUUACCGCGCCGAUCCCCGCUCAGGAUCUGCUUCAUCGACGGGAUCUGGUAGCGCUGAUGCCACUCGUGAGGUCAUCAUCUCUGCCGGGUCUUUCAACACACCUCAGCUUCUGAAGCUCAGUGGUAUCGGUCCGAAGGCAGAGCUCGACUCUUUCAAGAUUCCUGUUGUCGUCGAUCUCCCUGGUGUCGGAACCAAUAUGCAGGAUCGCUACGAAGCAACUGUGAUCGGGAAGACUAACAGCGACUUUGUCAUUACAAGUAAGUGCACCUUCUUGGAGACGUCUCCCGACCCUUGCCUCGAGGACUACCAGAACGGUCUCGAGCCCAUCACUAAGGGUGUGUACGCCACUAACGGCAUCGCGAUUGCCGUCAUCCUCAAGUCUUCCGUUGCCGAGAAUGAGCCCGACUUGCUCAUCUCCGGCGCGCCGGCCAAAUUCAAGGGGUACUUCCCCGGCUACGCCUCUGACUCGCUCGCCGACGCACAGCAUUGGGCGUGGAUCAUUCUCAAGGCUCACAGCAGAAACAAUGCCGGUACCGUGACCUUGAAGUCGACCGAUCCCAGGGACAUGCCCCUCAUCAACUUUAACUACUACGACACGGGUGUCAACAGCAACGGAGAGGCCGACAAGGAUCUUCAGGCUACCUACGAGGGCUUCGAGUUCACCCGAAAGGCCUUCGACAGCCUCAUCCCGCUCGACGGUAGCUUCCCCGAGGUUUGGCCCGGUACCAACACCUCCACGGAAGCGGACGCCAAGCAAUUCCUCAAGGACGAGACAUGGGGACACCACGCUUCGUGCACUUGUCCUAUCGGUGCUGAUGAUGACCCGAUGGCUGUCCUUGACACUAACUUCAAGGUCCGCGGCACCGAGGGCCUUAGAGUUGUUGAUGCUAGUGUCUUUCCCAAGAUCCCUGGAUUCUACAUUGCCCUGCCGUUGUAUGUGGUGUCGGAGAAGGCUAGCGAUGUGAUCAUCCAGGAAGCCAAGGCGUCAUCAUCCUGA